GCUCAACUCAGCUCAAGCCAGCUCCAGAGAAGACACAAGUGCGACGGAGAGUUUGGCGCAUCAAUUUUGUAAAUCGUCUGUGUAGACUGCUAGAAACUGAGCCGAUAACUUAAGUACUUUGUUUGUCAAUGGGUCGCCGGACCGAGAGCGAUAUCCUACCGUCUGCGGGUUGCUUUCGUCGAGUUCCUCUACACAAUCCCUACAUAUUCAGCACGUUCCUGACCUCUUUCGAGCGAGCUGGAGACGAUUGGACUUGAAAAGAAUCGAGACGAAGGAGGCGUUUGAUCAGCCUGGGCUAUCGAUUCUCCGAGUUCCAAGAGGGACAAUAGUACCAAUAUUGAGAUGACAGUCUUUGGAGACGAUGAUAUCAUCGAGAUGAGGGUCGGGCCAAGGCAUUUUACCAACGGCAACAGGCGAGCCGUAGCCGUCAAGCGAGAAGCGCUCGACAAGAAUCGUCUCAACGGAUCACCAAGGUCUGUCGGCGAACGGUCAUCGGAACGUGGACCCACGCCCGCCAAUGCAUCAUUUACGUUCGGUGGUGACCACGGCCGAACGGGUGUGCAGACUACGGAAUCUUUGCGAACCACUUCUGGCGUCAAAUCAUCCCUUCACACCCAUCAACGCGCGACAUUCACUGCUAUACCAAGCACGACAGCCCCUCCAACUCAUGGGAGCUGCAAAAGCAAAAGCCAAGCUAAGCGACCUGUACCUUCACCCGCCACCGCACCCGAUGCCACAGGACAAUACGAAUCCUCAACCUGCCAUCAAUGUCGCACCAAGACUACUCGACCAAAGAUGAUCUGCGAUCAAUCCUUGAAUCCCAAUUGCCUCGUUCGAAUUUGUCGCCCCUGUCUGAUGGAUCGAAAGGCUUACGACGAGAUGCCUAAGCUUCGAGGGCCACUCUUCAAAUUCGUGCCUGGCGGGAAAAUCCUCUGCAUGAAGUGCAGGAAUAUCUGUCCUUGCGCUUCCUGUCGGAGGGCCCGAGGCGAGAGAGGGGUGAUGGGUAAUGGGUUGAAUGGGUUUUACGACUUAAUGCGCGACGAGCCAAAGACCGAAGCACCGCUAAGGAAAACAAAAAGGAAAGAAAGAGAACAAGCGAAACCUAAGCAGUCACCCGGUCACCCAAUGGUCGACAAGUGCAAGAAUGAGCAAAAGGGAGCUGAAGUAGUUUGCUUGGAAGAAUCUUGGGAUGAACUUGUUGGCAAAUCUAAUCGAACGAUCAUAUCCGGUAAGAAUGGCAAGACUACAGGACAAUCGCACGCUCGAUCCAAUCACAUCGGAUCCAGAGCGUCUUGUGGGGUCAGGAAGUCGCCGGAUCCGGUCUGGAUAGCGGGAUGCUCGCGGAAGCGAAAGUUCUGUGCCAAGCAGUUCACAGAUGAGGAGAGUGAUUGUUGUAUCCCGGUCGAUGGGCCGACGAUCCCAGCACCGAAAAAGGAGAAGCCCGGGUUCCGCUCGAAGGAUCCCGAGGAUGUCCGCCAGGACCGGCUCGAAAGACAGCUGGAUUCCCAGAUCCGCAAGCUCGAACUCCGGAGGGCGCGCGAAGAACUCGAGCGGAAUAAUGCAACCGCUGACGCGUUCACUAAGGCUAAGAUGAUCCAGCAGUUCUUGCGCUGUGGGUUGAACCUUGAAGACGCCUUGAGGGCUACUAACGAAUGUCUCUGCUUGCCCACUCAAUCUCCAGCUCUGCGUUAAAUCUGCUUCCAAAACUCGCUCAACUGUGUAUCAUCCUUUUUUCUUUUUCUUGUUCUUCUUUUAAGCUUGCAGCUUGCUAUAACAAUGUUGAAUUUCUUGUCGAAAUCCCUAGCAACAAUUUGAAGUUCGCCUUGAUCUGUAUUUGCAAAUGAACAAAACUUGGACCGCGUCGAAAUUCUUUGUGCAUGUGCAUCGAUUUUGUCUUGUAUGAUUGCUUUGCUCCCUCUCACAACAAUUGUAAGUAAAUG